AUGCGGCAAGUUGUCCCACAGCCUGGACAAGGCCAACAGCAAGAAUUUGAGGUACAAAAAACCGGCCUCCAACUCCAAGAGAAGCUGCGUCGUGCACUCAAACAAGUAGCGGGGCUCCAGGGCCGACCAGGAAAAGCCGUGUCGCGUGCUCAAGCAGAUGUGAGUUCAGCUCGCGGACGUGGCUGCCGAACGGGAUCGCGCAAUACAAGAUUACACGACUUUUCGGGAUCGUAUGGCCUCGCUGGUGUCCGGGGAUACUUCAUCCACACCUACGAAGGUGGAAUCUUCUACCCACACGCCCAUUUCCGCGACUCCUCAGCCGAUGCCGAACAUUUCAGGAUCGAGUCGCAAGCGAUCUGGCGAUUCCCUACCAUCGUCAACUUGCCGUCUUUAAAGGAAGUGACUCGAUCCGCUGCGUCCAAAGCCAAGCCGUCCCCAGUUUGCGCUCCCAAGGUGGCACGAUCCGCUGCGUCAAAAGCCAAGCCGUCCCCAUUUCGCGAUCCCAAGGUGGCACGAUCCGCUACUGCUAGAGCCAAGACGUCUCCAGUCUGCGAUUUCAAGCCUUCGUCCGCUCCUAAGGAAACUCGCGAUGCUAAGGGUCGUCGCGAUCUCAAGAAUCGCCAUGAUCCAGCGAAGCCUGCAGCAACCCCGAAACUGGGCAAGCAGAAACUCCGUGGUCCGAGCUCAACCUCGUCUGAGGAGGAGGAUACAUCGGUAGGUGAGAAUGAGACUUUAGCGGCUUUAUCUGGUUCGCGGCCCUCCAGUCGUCGUCGAGCGUCCAAUCCGGCGGCACAACCUCCGGCUGGGCCUUCUCCGGAUCCGAUCGUCAUAGACACGCCGAGCCCUUCGCGCAAUCCUCCACCUCCGGUUGGUCCUUUUAUUCCUACCGUGACCAAGGUUUCUCGCGCAGACCUUUUCGGAGAAGCGUCCAGCGACUCGGAUGGUGCCAUCAGCCUCUUUAAUUCGCCUCGUGAUCACGUCAAUCCAAUGUUAUCCCUGACGGAUUAUGAUAGCUUGCCCCCUAUCAAGGUCUCUCGCAACCAGUGGAUCCCUGGAUAUCGAGAUCGCGUACCGCGAUCGUACACUCAGGUUUCUCCCUGGUCGGCACGCAAGGUCAGUUGGACGAGCGUCGCGGAGAUAGACAUUGACUUCCUGUACCGCCACUUAUCCCGUCCCAAAGGCUAUAUCUUCCCGACGGUUAUGGCGCCCAAGUGUCCUCCUCCCACAUCUGAGUGGACACCCCUGCUGGCGUGUUCGGCCCAGAUCGCGGCCUUAUACGCUCAAGAGCCUUGGGAGACAGCCACACGUCGGAUUGCGCCGAUCUCCUUCCCUCGUACCGGCUGGUUCGACCAGCUCGCCUCUCUAUACUUGGAGUCCGAGGAUCGAAACCGACAGGCUUUGUGGGAGUCGACGCACGCAAUCUUCCUUUCUAGUGAACUGCGGGUCAGCGAUCCUGAACCGGACCAGUUCUGGAAACAGCGGAAGCAGCGUCGGUCGUAA